UACUCUCUAUCUCAAUCUCCCACUACAAAUCAACCACAACGAUCUUCCGUCCCUCUCUUCACAGCAAUAAUACUGAUUUUUGCUUUUGUUUUUUCUUUCUGACAAACAACACGUCGGACGACGAUAAACAGAGGCGAGUGGAAUAUUACCAGGGACUUUAUAAUAGAACCAAAUGUUUUUGCGUCUUGGUUUUCACUCUAUCCACUAAAUGGAUAGACUGUACUGGUUACACAUGUAAGCCGACAAGGGGCUGGGUGCAGCGCAAGUGCCCCGAGAAGUCUCCUCCAAAUGACCUUUUGCUGGCGAAGACUGGCCUUGCCAAUCGAUCCAUCCAUCCAAUCCAUUCAGCUAUGCAUCCAUGAUAGAGAUCCCCAUUUCCGAAGGUUUGCAGGUUUCCAUUUCACUUUUCCAGCUGUGGAUUUAAUCUGUUUUCCUCGGAGCAGUCUUUCGCCUUCUGAGGCAGUGCUCUGUCUGGCCAAGACUCAAAUGCUCCUAUCCGUGAACACCAAACGGAGAGCACUCUUCACUGGUGUGGCGGAUUUCCAUGGCACUCACCCACUCAGGCACACAAAUUGCCUCGCUCUUGUCCAGAAACCCACCGAACCGGAGGCUCGUUCUUGUCCGUGUGCCCGUAGAGAGCGCAAACCUUUGGCUGUGUACGUGGUUCUACGGGCACUCACCAACACCAUCACACAGCGCACCGCUCUCUUCGGUGUUACACGCCAACUGUCCGUGUGGGAGAGUGCUAAGUGGUGAGAAUAAAAUUGAGCUGGUAUUGGUAAUUGUAGGCGAAACACCAACACCAAUGCAAAUGUGAUCACUCUCUUUCGUUGUUUCGACUCUCUGUUUAUGUUUGGAGCUGGUUACCGGCCGGAGAGGGAUCAGCUGUUUCCACAGCUGCUUGGCGAUGGAAUUCCUGAAGGGAUUCCUGGAAUCUUUGCUAAUUUGAAACGAAAUUGAAUAGGAAUAGGAAUAGGAAUAGAAAAGGGGAGCCAAACUGUACUUUUCCAUGAGCUAAUCACGAGUUUCAUCACAAAGUCCAGAAAUUUCUAGUUCUCGUUUUGGGCGAGGCAAGCUAGUAACAGAAAAAUGGCCUCAGUGCAAGUAUUUUUUAUAGGUAUAGAGGCCUUGCACGAGGUUUCGUAUAUGUACCUGCCCCCCUUCUCAAAAGCAGCUGCUUUGAAUCGCUUAUUAUUCUAUAUAAUCUAUACACAACACAACCAUAAACAUGCGAUAAGGCAGGGCAGCGUCGUUCUCUCUCUGUUUCGUUCUCUGUCGCGCUGCCCGAUCAGGCCCGAGUCUGUUUUAUAUAAAAGCAGCCAACGCCGCUCCAUAAGUAUUCAGUGCAGAUACAAGCUAGCAAGCGAGCUAAACAAGUUAAAGAGGUAGUAAGAUCCAUUGACUAAAAGUUGUGCAAAAUGCGUUUGGGACAGACUGUACCUAACUUCCACGCCGAUACCACCAAGGGGCCGAUCAACUUCCAUGAAUGGCAGGGAAACUCAUGGGUGGUUCUGUUCUCGCAUCCGGCUGAUUUCACGCCCGUGUGCACCACUGAGUUGGGACGUAUCGCGGUGCACCAGCCGGAGUUUGCCAAGCGGAAUACCAAGUGCCUGGCCCAUUCCGUGGACGCUCUGAACUCGCACGUCGAUUGGGUGAACGACAUCAAGAGCUACUGCCUGGACAUUCCCGGCGACUUUCCCUACCCGAUCGUUGCCGAUCCCACCCGGGACCUGGCCGUAAGCCUGGGCAUGCUGGACGAGGACCAGAAGAAGGACCCCGAGGUGGCCAAAACUAUUCGGGCUCUGUUCAUCAUUAGUCCUGAUCACAAGGUGCGACUUUCCAUGUUCUAUCCGAUGUCCACUGGCCGCAACGUUGAUGAAAUUCUGAGGACCAUCGACUCGCUGCAGUUGACCGAUCGUCUGAAGGUGGUGGCCACUCCAGCCAACUGGACUCCUGGAACCAAGGUCAUGAUUCUGCCCACCGUCACAGACGAGGAGGCUAACAAGCUGUUCCCCAAGGGCUUUGACAAGGUCUCCAUGCCGUCCGGCGUUAACUACGUACGCACCACAGAGAACUAUUAGAACUAUUAUUAUUAUUAUUAUUUUUCAUAUUCCUCUUGCAUAUCUGUAUUCCACAUAUUUUCAUUCUACACUUUUGUGCCAUAAAACAAUCUAAUAAAGUGAGUUUUAUAUAC